AUUCUUUAUUUUAAUGGUCAGCAACUGACUGAUACUGAACAUACAGUACUGAUGUUUAUUAAGCUAUCUAUUGUAUUUUUAUUUAUUCUUUAUUUUCUCAGUGUUCAUUUCUAGAAUUUGUUAACAAUGUAUAAUAAUAAUGUCCAAUAUUCUUUGAUAAAAAUAUUUAAGAAAGCAGCCUUCUGAGUACCUUUGCAUAGUCAUAUCAGUGCACAAUCCAGAUAGAAAAGGUCUGUUUUCUUUCCAGCUCAAAAAUUUGCUAUAUCGGCCACCAUAUCGGUAAUCUGUGAAUUUUCCCCCUCUAAAAUCGGUAUCGGUCUCAAAAAUCCCAUAUUGUUCGGGCUCUAGUCUCCAUAUUAGGGCCUGCAAACAACAUUAUAGCACAACCUCUCUAAAGCCCACACACUUCAUCAGCAUUUCACACUUGCUAAAGACACAAAAAAAGCUGUUGAAAGCCGUCUUGUUUAAUUACUGAUCUGGAACCAGCUUCUCCCCACAAAAACAAUUUGUAACAAAUACAAGAGAACUGGCUGAACUGAUUCCAUAUAUGUGUUAAAUAGAACUUUUUCAUCAUCCCUCUACUUUGGUCUCUUGUUUCCUGAUUUUAACGCUCAGCUGCAUGAGAGCCAGUUUUGAAAUGGUUAACUGGCAGUUCGGUCUGUCUGAAUUCUGCAGGCAUGCUUUUUGGAUACUUUAUACCCCAUCCCAUCCUCACCUUAGCCCUGUCAGUCAUUUUGCCCCCCAGCUACCCAUCUCAAAAUAUAGUGAAGGGGGUGGAGUCUGUUUUGGGGCAGAAAAGCUUUUCAGUGAUCUGGAAUAUGCCUACAGCUCGGUGUCAGCGUCGAUAUGGAGUCUCCUUGCCCUUGCGCCAGUACAACAUUAUACAUAACUCAGAGCAGAGGUUUCUCGGUCAGAAUAUCAACAUAUUCUAUCACCGCCGUCUGGGCCUCUACCCCUAUAUCAACCGUCAAGGGUCGAAGGUCAAUGGUGGACUGCCUCAACAUGGAAACCUGAAGGCUCAUCUUUUAUUGGCAGAGGCACAGAUCAAUGAUGUCUUGCAGCAGACAUUCAGUGGAUUAGCUGUGAUAGAUUGGGAGGCGUGGCAACCCACAUGGAUGUGGAACUUCGGGACAAGAAUGGUAUAUCGGAAACUUUCUAAGCAGUUGGUUAGGUGGGAACAUCCAGAGAUGCUGGAGAAGGAAGUGAAAUUAAAGGCGAAGGAAGAGUUUGAAUCAGCAGCAAGAGAUUUUAUGGGAGAAACUCUUCGCCUUGGAGUUCAUCUUUGUCCUAAGGGAUUAUGGGGGUUUUAUGGGUUUCCCAGUUGCUUUAACAACAAUGUCCAGGGAAAGAGUGGCUACACAGGGCAGUGCCAUAAUGGCACAGAGAAGUUGAAUGACAAACUGGCAGUGCUAUGGCAACAGUCCACUGCCCUGUAUCCGAGCAUUUAUGUGUGGCGUAAGCUGGCUGGACACACUCAUGUUCAACUCAUGGUGAGACACCGUAUACUAGAGGCCCUCCGAGUGGCAUCCCAACACUCAUCUGGCACUGCAGCACUCCCUGUUUUCCCUUAUGCCCGAGUGGCAUUCACACACACCUUGAUGUUCUUGAAUCAGACGGAUUUGGAGCACACACUAGGUGAGAGUGCUGCUUUAGGUGCAGCUGGAGUUGUGUUGUGGGGUGAGCUGAGUUUCGCCAAAUCCAAGCGGCAGUGUACGUUCUUGCGUGAGUACGUCACCUCAGUAUUAGGGGAGUAUGCUGCUGCUCUGCAGGCUGGUGUGAGGCACUGCAGUGAGAAAAUUUGUAACUCCCAAGGACGCUGUGCUCGACGGGACCCUCACUCGGGUCACAUGAUCCCUCUAUAUGACUCCUAUGAAGCUGACCAUCUCAAUGACAUAAGAUCAAAUUUCAAGUGUGUGUGUUAUGAAGGAUGGAGUGGAGAGCAGUGCGAGAAAACAAGUACCUGAGAACAGAGGUGUCCGAAAUGUGUGUUUCUGUUGUUUUUAUUUCUCUUUUUAUUAUGAAACAAACUGGUAACACUACACAAUAAGUUUCCAUUUGUUAACAAUAGUUAACAUGAACUAACAAUCAACAAUACUUUUACAGCAUUUAUUAAUCUUGGUUAAUGAUAAUUUCAACAUAGUAAUACAUUUUUAAAAUCAGUUGUAUAUGUUAACAUUAUUUAAUGCAUUAUGAACUAACAUUAACAAAGAUUAAUAAAUGCUGUAAAAAUAUAUUUUUCAUUGUUAGUUCAUGAUACCUAAUGCAUUAACUAAUGUUAACAAAUGGAAAGUGUUACCAGCACACUGACUAAAAUUGUUUCUGAUUCAACCAAGAAUGACCAAAUAAAUGUUAAAAGUCCUGUAACCAGAAUGCAAGCACUUUUUCAUUUAUAAAUCAUUUCACUCUUUA